CUGAUCUCUCUCUCUCUCUCUCUCUCUCUCUCUACAUCUCUCUCUAUCUCUCUCAGCAUUCAACAAAGAUGGCUCGGGGAAGAGGCAGUGCAAUGGCUGUGACAGUGUUGUUGUGCAUGCUGCUGCACUCUGAGAUGGCUCAUGCAGCCACCUACACAGUUGGAGGUGCUGGUGGUUGGACCUUCAACGUUUCUGGCUGGCCCAAGGGAAAGCGCUUCCGUGCUGGUGACAUCCUUGUGUUCAACUACAGCCCUGCAGCUCACAACGUGGUUGCUGUGAGCAAAGUAGGUUAUAAUGCAUGCACGACCCCACGAGGUUCAAAGGUGUAUCAGACAGGGAAAGACCGGAUCAAGCUUGUGAAGGGGCAAAACUUCUUCAUCUGCAGUUUUACUGGUCACUGCCAAUCCGGAAUGAAAAUCGCCGUCACUGCUGUCUAGCUAGCUAACUUGCCAUUAGAUCCAGCGAGUAUUAUAUAUAUAUAUGUACGAGUCUUUGUCAUGUUAGCGUUACCAAGCAUCUAUGUUUUGCUUUCAUUUGUACUAGGAUCAGUGCUGGGAUCUAAGUUUAGCCCCCCCUAAUUAUAUAUGUGGGGGACCAAUAAAUGGAUAUGGAAAUUUCAAAA